AUGCAUGACUACUAUGCCGAGCGUCUGGGAUAUGGCCGCCACCGCAGUCAAUUACAAUCCAUGUGCUGCCCUCCGCAGCCAAUAUACUACGACGACUUCGGAGAGAGAGUCCUGGCAAUGCAGUUAGCCAAAACCCUUCAACCAAGAAAAUACGACAGCGAAGUCGAUUCUGACGAUGAAAACGACGUGGACAAAGCGAUCAGUGCGCAUGUCCGAGCUACGAUAGAGUACGAGACAAUCAAGGGAAAAUAUGAUGACGCCAAAAAGAAAGUCGACGAAUGUGCAGCAAAAGUCAAGGCGGCUAAAAGGAGGGCAAAGAAGGAUCGCACAAUAUCGAUGGGUGCUGACUUCCACAUGUGUCAGAAACUGUCUGCUCCACGUGUGAGCAGAGUACAUAUGAGGGUCCAAAAUGAAUUCAUAAGAGCUGAAACUUUCCAGAGACCUAAUUGCCGUAAAGAAAACAAAGGUCAAUUUUUCGUCGCAGUCACAAUGAGCAUCGAUGAUUCUGGCAAUGCUGCAAGCUUUGGCGAUCCCCCGGCCAGACGUGUUCUUCAUCACCAACCCAGUGUUGCGGAGGACGAGUCUCCUUGUCAAGGUAAAACUUUGCUGCGGGCUAAGUCUAGUGGCGACGAUCUGGAUCAACGACAGCUUCCGACCGGAGAUUGGCGUACAAGUCGUUACCGCAAUGACGGAAAUGACGGCGACGGUUCCAGCUCAUCCGCUGCGCCUACUGUAGGUGGUGGAUCCGGGAAAAACAACAGGGCAAAUACUGUGCAUGUGAAUGGAGGGUUGCACUGUGUCCAAGCUCUGCAAAGAGUCAUUGUAUUCCGUGUACUUCCACGAUACGCAGAGAGCGAAGCUCAGCCAAGCGACAUGCGCACGAUAUACCUGGAGUAUGUAGUUCGUCUGAUUGAAGACGGCUUCAGAGAGACAUCAGAGCUGAGGCUAAACAGCUCGCACGUAACCAUGCUGAAGAAGAUCGUAUCCUUAUCGAAAAUCAACAGCAUCGCGACUUUUGAGCCAUUACCAGAGCAUAAUGAGUCGCAUGUCGGUCCGUAUGGGGUCGAAGUGCCGUUGCAUUGGGACUUUGUCGUCAAAGUGACCGAGUUUACAGUCGCCGUGAAAGUGGAUACGGUAAAGGAGAGCUGUUCGAAUGCAGAUCAGGCUGUUAACCUACCUGGUGAGGUUUUUGUUCGGCCCAAACAUGAUUAG